CCCCAGGAAAACACCUACGCUGCCUUUUCUGGACAAACUAGAAAACAGUAAGCAGCAACUCAAGAGGUGAGCGAUUUGUAGUUUUAGAAUGCUCUGGACAUGGAGGGAAUCUGAGGCUUGUGCAACAGCGCUUGCCGCUGUUGUUUGGGAAUUUGUCCAGAAAGAGCCCAUCUUGUUCCCCUAAAAACAUCAACAACCCGUCAGACGGAAUCCACCUGGACUGAAGGCAAACGUCGCAAACACUUUUGUUGGUGAGGAAAGGAAAGGUAGUUUCUCUUGUUACGGCUGACAUAAUUGAAACAGCUGAUUUAUGUAAAUGGAGGGGACGCAGGAUAUUCACGGUGAAUCCCGGAGACAGAAUGCACGGCCUGGACGCAGCGACGCUGUGGAGAAAAGGGGUGCCUUGGAUUCUGUCUCAGAGGACUGGUGUGACAGCGGACUGGACUCCUUUAGCGGAGUCGGACUCAGUUUUGAUGUUCCCUACGACACUUACACCGAGACCGAGCAGAUGUGGACACCUGGACGGUGUGUGUCUGACAUACGGGACAUCCCGCCUUCGGAUGCGCCCGACAAUAGAAGCAGCGCGGACUGUGUGUCGAUCGGCGGCGGAGAGAGGCUUGACUCUGCCAUCGGGGACUCCAUUAACGAGGAUGCGGUGGUGGGGUGUCUCUCCGCCGGGAUUGGUACUAUGAUCCUGAGCGAGCCCGCAGGGACAGACAGACAGGCGGUCACAAACACAGAGGAGGGCCGCCAGCGGAGGGAAGAGCUUUUCAACACGCUCAACUUUCUGUCGGAGGACGGGGACACAGUACUUCAUUUGGCGCUGAUUCAUGAGCAAUGGGGUGUUGUCCAGUGCCUCCUUCAAAACAUUGGGAUGGACAACACCUGGAUUCCUUACCUGGACAUCCAGAAUGACCUGGGCCAGACCGCUCUGCAUUUAGCAGUCAUUGUCGACAGCAGUGAGUGUGUUCGAGCGUUAUUGUGGAGCGGAGCCAGUGCAGAGAUCCAAGAGAGGGGUGGAAACACACCGUUACACCUGGCUGUGAGAGAGCUGCGCACAGAGUGUGUGAGAGAGCUGACCAGCUGCUCACGGACACCACCAGAGCACCUAAACCUCACCAAUUAUGCAGGUGUAAGUGCUCUGCACCUGGCUGUAUAUAGAGGCAAUUUUGAUGUCAUCAAAAUGCUGCUGGAGGCAGGAGCAGAUGCCAAUCAACGGGAUCUGGGGUCAGGUCGGUCUCCAUUGCACUGGGCAGUGGAAAGUCAGAAGCUAGAAACAGUGGAGCUACUAUUGAGCGCUGGUGCAUUGGUAAAUCAGCGGUCGUAUGCAGGCCACACACCCUUCUACUGUGCCCUUUACAGACCCAACAAAGAUAUCCAGACCCUACUCCGUGCCCAUGGGGCCACUUACUCACAGGACGAUGAAGAGGAGGAAGAAUGCAGAGAGAGUGAAGAGGAGGAGUUUGAUGAUGUCAUCAUUAAUGGACAGCGAGUGCUGUAGCUGUAAAACAUGGACACUGCUCUGCCAUAGACCCUUUGAGCUCCAGCUGAAUGAUUGUGGUGUCUGAGUGUAUCUGGUGGAGGCUAUUCUGUAUGUGUGUGUCUUUGUUAAUGGUACCGUAUGAUGUCUGUAUGCUGGUAUUGGUUUAGGUUGAUUGAUUACAUAGAUUCUGUUUAUCAGGAUCAAAGUUAUUUAAGCCUGACGUCACAUAAAGCCUUCUAACAAUGGAGGCAGCUUUUCAUUUAAUUAAUUCAUCAGAUCAUCUAGUAUGUAUCAGAAUUAAAGGGAUAGUUCAUCUUAAGACACAUAUUCUGUUAUCAUUUACUUCAAACGCGUAUGGAGAAGAUAUGUUGGGGUUAUUUUGGAAGUGUUUUUUUGUGCGCACACAGAUGUCCAAUGUUUAAGCAACGUUCAUCUAACAUGUCUUACAGUAAAUGUGUGUGUUUCAAAUAUGAAAUGGUCAGUACGUGUUCAAGAGGUUGAGUAAAUGAUCCCUUUUUUUGGUUGAACUAUCUCUUUAAGAACCAAAUUAGCUAGAAGACACUAAACAGCGUGUCUAUGCUGUAUGAAGGCAUCAUGCAGCUGUGA